AUGAGGGCGGGCCCAGGGCCCGGCGGAGGAGUUUGGGCUCUCCCGGGAUGGCUGGGCGGUCCCGGGAGGGCUGGGCGGCGGGGCGCGGGCGGCAGCGGAGGCGGGAUAGCGGCGGCGGGUCCGUUGGGGGAAGCGCUGCGGUCGUCGUCGUCGUCGUGCGGCGGCGGGGGACCGGGAGCAGCAGCAGCAUCAGCAGCCGCCGCGAGCGAGCCGGCCCGCGAGCUCUUCGAAGCCUGCCGGAACGGCGACGUGGAGCGGGUCAAGCGGCUGGUGAGGCCCGAGAAUGUGAACGGCAGGGACACGGCGGGCAGGAAGUCCAGCCCCCUCCAUUUCGCCGCAGGUUUUGGUCGGAGGGAUGUAGUGGAGUAUUUGCUUCAGAGUGGUGCUAAUGUUCAUGCACGAGAUGAUGGAGGCCUCAUCCCACUUCAUAAUGCUUGCUCUUUUGGUCAUGCUGAAGUAGUGAAUCUUCUCCUGCGCCAUGGUGCAGAUCCUAAUGCACGGGACAAUUGGAGCUACACUCCUCUUCAUGAAGCCGCCAUUAAGGGAAAAAUUGAUGUUUGCAUAGUACUGUUACAGCAUGGUGCUGAUCCAACUAUCCGCAAUACUGAUGGGAGAACAGCAUUAGACUUAGCAGAUCCUUCUGCGAAAGCAGUACUUACAGGUGAAUACAAGAAAGAUGAACUCUUGGAAAGUGCCAGGAGUGGAAAUGAGGAAAAAUUAAUGGCUCUUCUCACACCAUUAAAUGUCAAUUGUCAUGCAAGUGAUGGCAGAAAGUCAACUCCUCUACACCUAGCUGCUGGUUAUAACCGUGUUAAGAUUGUGCAGCUUCUUUUACAGCAUGGAGCAGACGUGCAUGCGAAGGAUAAGGGAGAUCUUGUACCUCUUCAUAAUGCUUGUUCCUAUGGUCACUAUGAAGUAACAGAGCUUCUAGUAAAGCAUGGUGCAUGUGUAAAUGCAAUGGAUCUGUGGCAGUUCACUCCUCUGCAUGAAGCUGCUUCAAAGAAUAGAGUGGAAGUAUGUUCUCUCUUGCUAAGCUAUGGUGCUGAUCCUACACUGUUGAACUGCCACAAUAAAAGUACAAUUGACUUGGCUCCAACACCUCAGUUAAAAGAGCGAUUGGCAUAUGAAUUCAAAGGUCACUCAUUGCUACAGGCUGCAAGGGAAUCAGAUGUUGCUCGUGUAAAAAAACACCUUUCUCUUGAGAUUGUAAACUUCAGACAUCCCCAGACUCAUGAAACUGCUUUGCAUUGUGCUGCUGCAUCUCCAUAUCCCAAAAGAAAGCAAGUUUGUGAGCUGCUUCUAAGAAAAGGAGCCAACAUUAAUGAAAAGACAAAAGAUUUCUUAACACCUCUCCAUGUGGCAUCAGAAAAAGCACACAAUGAUGUUAUUGAAAUAGUUGUGAAACAUGAAGCAAAGGUCAGUGCUUUGGAUAACCUUAGUCAGACAUCUCUGCACAGAGCAGCACAUUGUGGCCAUCUGCAGACUUGCCGGUUGUUGUUGAGCUCUGGCUGUGAUCCAUCAAUUGUAUCACUGCAGGGUUUCACUGCCUCUCAGAUGGGAAAUGAAAGUAUCCAGCAAUUAUUACAAGAAGGUGUCCCUUUAGGCAAUUCAGAAGCAGAUCGACAGUUAUUGGAAGCUGCAAAGGCAGGAGAUAUGGACAUGGUAAAAAAGUUAUGUACCGUUCAGAGUGUGAAUUGUCGGGAUAUUGAAGGACGUCAAUCCACACCACUUCACUUUGCUGCAGGAUACAACAGAGUGUCUGUGGUUGAAUACCUUCUGCAGCAUGGUGCUGAUGUUCAUGCGAAAGACAAAGGUGGCCUUGUUCCUUUGCACAAUGCUUGUUCUUAUGGACACUAUGAAGUGGCUGAACUACUUGUUAAACAUGGUGCAGUUGUCAAUGUGGCUGAUUUGUGGAAGUUUACUCCUUUACAUGAAGCUGCUGCAAAAGGAAAAUACGAAAUUUGUAAGCUUCUGCUGCAGCAUGGAGCUGACCCAACAAAGAAGAACAGAGAUGGGAAUACCCCAUUAGAUCUCGUUAAAGAUGGUGACACUGAUAUUCAAGAUCUCCUUAGAGGAGAUGCAGCUUUGCUUGAUGCUGCAAAGAAGGGCUGUUUGGCUCGUGUGAAGAAAUUGUGUUCCCCUGAUAAUGUAAAUUGUCGUGAUACACAAGGCCGACAUUCCACUCCAUUACACUUAGCAGCUGGAUACAACAACCUGGAAGUUGCUGAAUACCUGUUACAGCAUGGAGCUGAUGUAAAUGCACAGGACAAAGGAGGUCUGAUUCCCCUACACAAUGCAGCAUCGUAUGGGCAUGUAGAUGUAGCAGCUUUACUAAUAAAGUAUAAUGCGUGUGUAAAUGCUACGGACAAAUGGGCUUUCACACCUUUGCAUGAAGCAGCCCAGAAAGGAAGGACACAGCUUUGUGCCUUAUUAUUAGCACAUGGAGCUGAUCCUACUCUGAAAAACCAGGAAGGACAAGCGCCAUUAGACCUAGUCACCGCAGAUGACGUAAGUGCAUUAUUGACAGCUGCCAUGCCACCUUCUGCCUUGCCAUCUUGUUAUAAGCCUCAGGUUAUCAACGUGUCUCAGAAUACAGGAUCUUCAGCUGAUUCACUGUCUUCCAUUCCAUCCAGCCCAUCUAAUUUGUCCGCUCCUAGUAGUGCUGACAACUUGUCUGGUAGCUUUCCCGAACUCUCUGUUGUUGGUACAAAUGGUGCUGAGGGAGCCACCGGUUUAGAGAAGAAAGAAGUUCCAGGGGUAGAUUUUAGCAUAAAUCAAUUUGUGAGAAAUCUUGGACUUGAACAUCUGAUUGACGUAUUUGAGAGAGAGCAAAUAACAUUAGAUGUGCUGGUUGAAAUGGGUCACAAAGAAUUAAAGGAAAUUGGAAUUAAUGCUUAUGGCCAUAGGCACAAAAUAAUUAAGGGCGUUGAAAGACUGAUUUCAGGACAACAAGGUCUUAAUCCAUACCUAACUCUCAAUACUUCGGGAAGUGGAACAAUCCUUAUAGAUCUCUCUCUUGAUGAUAAAGAAUUUCAGUCAGUAGAAGAAGAGAUGCAGAGUACUGUUCGAGAGCACAGAGAUGGUGGGCAUGCUGGUGGGGUUUUCAAUAGAUACAACAUCUUAAAGAUACAAAAAGUAUGUAACAAAAAGCUUUGGGAAAGGUAUACUCAUAGGAGGAAAGAAGUUUCAGAAGAGAAUCAUAAUCAUGCUAAUGAAAGGAUGUUGUUCCAUGGCUCCCCUUUUGUGAAUGCAAUUAUCCAUAAAGGUUUUGAUGAGAGACAUGCUUACAUAGGAGGAAUGUUUGGAGCUGGAAUCUAUUUUGCUGAAAACUCAUCCAAAAGUAAUCAGUACGUAUAUGGCAUUGGAGGUGGCACAGGUUGCCCAAUUCACAAAGACCGAUCUUGUUAUAUCUGUCAUAGACAGUUGCUAUUUUGUCGUGUUACACUGGGCAAGUCUUUUCUGCAGUUUAGUGCAAUGAAAAUGGCUCAUUCUCCUCCAGGACACCAUUCCGUUACUGGGCGGCCUAGUGUAAAUGGACUAGCUUUAGCAGAAUAUGUCAUCUACAGAGGAGAGCAGGCAUAUCCAGAAUAUUUGAUUACCUAUCAAAUUGUGAAGCCUGAAGCCACCACAGAAGCGUGAACCUCAGAAGUUUUGUAGAGAUUAAAGUGAAGAGUAUUCAAAUUGCAGAAAAAAUUAAUCUCUCCUCCAUAGGCAUUAUGGUAAAAAUGUGAAUAAAAUCUAACAGUUUAACAUGGUAAAGCUUUAAUAAAUGUAUAGUAAAUUUUCUAAAGAAGAAUUCUGAAACUUCCUUUUUCAGCACUUUAACAGAUACCAUUCCAGUGACACUGGGUUUGUCUGUACUAAAUUAUAAAACAGGUAUUAACUUGAACUAUGUUUUCUAUAGCCUAUGCCAGUGGAAUCUAACAACUAUUGCUAUACAGGAACUCAUUUUACUAAUACUGUGUUCUUUAAAACACUGCAUUUACAAAGUACAGUUACAUUUGUAAAACUGUAAAUAAGAGUUUUUCUACUAGCCUGGUAUUUAUUUACAUUGUUUUUGUAAUAUAAAUAUUUCAGAACUGCAACUUAUACAAACACUAUGUUUAUCCAUCUGCAUUUCAUUCUGUGCAGUAGUUUGGAGCACCCCAUAGUCAAGAAGGAAAAGCAUACACUUGAAUUUUAUCUAAAUAACCAAAAUGUAUUGAAAAAAAUGUUCCACCAAAUUGAAAGUCACAUAUAUUCCCGAAAAAAACUAGGCAGAACAUUCCAGAUCUCGACAAACCCAGCAAUUUUAAAAUUUGAACUGAAUAUAUAUAGAGAGCUAAACAGUUGGGCAUGCAUUUCUUAUGAAGGCAAGAUGUUUUAUAACAGACAAUGCACACACACAACACCUACCUACUGCUACUCCUAUCUGUUCUCUGUCUGGCAUUACAAGGCUAAAUGCAGAGAAGAUAUGAGAUAAAAUUUAAGCCUCCUUUUGCAUGCAGGGCUCCUUGAGUGAAGUCUAUGCUGAUUGCACAUUCCCACUUUUUUUGUUGGAUGUGCAUAUAGUUACCUACCUAUAAGUCAUGUACAUUUUGUAGACAGUGUCUAGAUCUCUCAUGAAAGGACAGCAAAGGAAGCAGCUACAUCUUUUCAAGUCACAGACAGCUUCUUUACACACUUUCCUGAUAUCUGCUUUCCUUACUCAGUUUCUUCCAGGGUUAACCAUCUGUUUCAAAGACUAUUAUGUAAAUAAAAAUCAAAAGCGAUUUCAUUAGUCCAAUUUUAAAUUAGUGUUUUGAUUGGCAUUCUUCAGGGUAUAGGACUGUGACCCAUAAUUUCAUUGUGGAUCAUUGUCGUGUUAUGAUUUUAGAAUAAUUGCCAAGACUGUUUAAACUCUGGCCUUUAUGGCAAUUCAAAACUUGAAUCUUAAAUAAUUGGGUUACCUGUGAUGCCUGUCUAUGGAAAGUUAUAAAAGCAUGUAGAAAAUAAGAGUGGACAUUAUUUUAUGUGGUCAUUGCUGCAAGCAAUGUUAACAGUAUAGUAGAAUAAAAGGGGUCUUGAUUUGUAUGGUACUCUUUCAUUGCAUGUUUUCCACUCACUUGGCUUGGACGAAUAUUGGGACAAGUUAUUCAUGCAAAAUCUGAUUACUUUGAUUUAAGCGUUUAGAACUUUGUUUCAUUAUUGGAAAUAUUUCAUUCUUUGUGAAUGAUGAUUUAGUGUGAUGUAAAUUAUUGUGGUAUUGGUAGCAUUUGGUAUGAUACCACAAGGUAUCUUUUUCUGAAGGCAAAAAACAUAAUGGUUUUGAUUGUGUUCAUUUGAGGUGAGAUGCUAGCCUACCAUGCAAUUAAUGCUUCACUCAUCUUGAAAGUAUCUUAUAUGUAUUGUAUCACAUUCCAUCCCACUCAACCCUAAAUAAACUUUAUUCACAAUC